CUUGAUUCCUCCGCCCACUUUUGAUCGUCACCAGAACACGGCCCGUCGUGAGAUAUCGCCGGCUUAUGUACGGGCGGCGGGCUGAUUACGAGCCAGUGGCCAGCAGCGAUCCUCGCCAUGAAGUCCCUCGUGCUCGCCGCCGCCCUGUGCGCCGCCCUGGCGAGCGCCGCCGCCGACUCCAGGCUGCGCAUCAUCAACGGCGACGUGGCCUACCGGACGCAGUUCCCUCACCAGGCCGCCAUCUACCCCAACCUCGGCGAGAAGCGCUCCCUGUACGACCCGGCGAUACCGUUCUGCGGCGGCUCCCUCAUCCACCCCAAGUGGGUGCUCACGGCGGCCCAAUGCAUCGACGGGUUCACCAAGUGGGCCGUGAUGCUGGGGGUGAGCAACGCGGUGCAGGCCAAGGAGGCCGGCCGCGUGACCAUGGUGACCAGCUGGGCGGCCAGGCACGACAGGUACGACUCGAGGCGCGCCGCCUACGACAUCGGCGUGCUGCAGCUGCCCCGGGAGGUGCAGCUCUCGGACACCAUCGCGUUGGUGGCCCUCGCCCCCGAAGGGGUUAACUACGCCGGCCAGAAGGCGGUCCUGUCCGGCUUCGGUUACACCAACGACGUGGGGCAAGGCGCGUUGGUCAUGACCUCGGAGCUCAGGUUCACCACGCUGCCCAUCGUGUCCCAGUACCCGUGCUACAACACGUGGGGCUCCAGCGACGCCUCGCAGAUGUGCGUCGAGGCGCUCGGCUCCAGCGGCUGCACCGGGGACAACGGCGGUCCGCUCACGCUCAACGACACGGACGGCAACCUGAUCCAGGUGGGGCUCAUGAGCCAGGUGGCCUGCACCGGCGGAUGCACCAAGGGCUGCCCCAUCUUCUUCACCCGCGUCAACGUCUUCUACGACUGGCUGUCGGAGACGACCGGGAUCAACUUCCCCCUCGAAUAUCCUUCGAGAUAUCUAGGGUAAAUCCGCUGCCCCGACCAUCGCGCGCUCGCUGCACUGCAAAAAAAGCGUCCCAGCGAAAUAUCGUCACCAUCGGAACCGAUCAGCACCUCCUACCACCAAUCAAAAAGAUCAAAUCAAGAUGAGAAAUUGGAAUAAAUUACAUUUAUUUUAUAAACCAAAAAAA